UCCUGGUCGGAUUUAGUUUUCUGUCUCUUUCGUCUGGCAGCUGGGUUCUAGAGUUCUUGGUCGCAGGGUCCCGUGGAGAAGGCUGGAGAGUGGUGUUCUCCGCCUCACAGCCCGUGGUGGGAGCCUGCAGGGGUGCGCACAGCUCACACGUGGGAUUGAAGCGCCAGGCCUCGGACGGGACCGCCAUUCCUGAGCGGCUUUUCCCGCUGCUCCCGCCCGGCUCAGCCCACAGAGUGCAAUGGCGGCGCCCCCGCUGAGGAGAAGUGCUGAGGUUGGCGUGACCUUUGAGGACAUUGCCCUGUUCUUCUCCAGGGAGGAAUGGAGCCUCCUUGAUGAGGGUCAGAGACAGCUGUACCUGAAUGUGAUGCUGGAGAACUUUGAACUUACAUCCUCCCUGGGUUGCUGCUGUGGAGCAGAGAAUGUGGAGGCAGCGACUGAACAGAAGAUUUCUGUAAGAUUGUCACAGGAAAGGAAUCCCAAGUUAGCCUUGUCUUCCCAGAAGAGCCACCCCUGUGAGAGUUGUGGGAUAGUCUUGGGAAAUAUUUUCCACGUGAUGGAGCUGCAGGGAACACAAUACAGACAGAUACUGUUGAAGUGUGGGGCAUGUGCAAAAGAAUUUUAUUUCAGUGCAAAAUGUCACCAGCAGCAUGUGAGAGAGAAGACUUCCAUUAGAGGCGUGGAAAGGAUCUCACUUGCAAAUAGCUGCAAUUUCAAGGUGUCUCAGAAUCAUUUCACGUGUGGGGAGGUUGGUCAGGGUAUACAUUCCUGGGCAGGACAUCUCCACCUAAUGGCUACUCAGACUAGGGACAGGCCAAAAGAUAUUUCGAAGUGUGGGGUGAAAUUUCAAAGGAGAAAAAAAGACUACACAAGAAAAGAAUAUAACAAAGUCAUUGGCUGCAAUCACACGUUUAUCCAGGAUAAAUGUUUCCAUGCUGGAAGUCAGUGUUUUCUGUGCUGUGAAUGUGGAAAUUAUUUUACCAAAUUUUCUAGCUUUCAUUAUCAACAGAGAGUUCACACUGGAGAAAACCCUUAUGAGUGCAGUGAAUAUGGGAAUACUGUUACCAAUAGCAGUGGCCUCCGUUGUCAUCAGAGAGUUGACACUGGAGAAAGGCCUUAUCAGUGCAGUGAAUGUGGGAAUUCUUUUACCAGUAACACUACCCUUCAUCGUCAUCAGAGAGUUCACACUGGAGAAAAGCCUUUCCAAUGUAGUGAAUGUGGGAAAUCUUUUACGACAAUGCAUAGCCUUCAUUGUCAUCAGAGACUUCACACUGGAGAAAGUCCUUAUGAGUGCAGUGAAUGUGGGAAAUCUUUUACCCGGAGCAGUAGCCUCUGUAAUCAUCAAAGUUUACACACUGGCGAAAGGCGUUACGCAUGCAGUGAAUGUCCAAAAUCUUUUACCACUAGCACUGAUCUUGGUCGUCAUCAGAGAGUUCACACUGGAGAAAAGCCUUAUAAAUGCAGUGAAUGCGGGAAAUCUUUUGCCAGUAGUAGUUGUCUUCGGUGUCAUCAGAGAGUUCACACUGGAGAAAAGCCUUCUAAAUGCAGUGAAUGUGGGAAAUCUUUUACCACGAGCAGUGAUCUUCGCCGUCAUCAGAGAGUUCAUACUGGAGAAAAGCCUUAUAAAUGCAGUCAAUGCGGUAAAUCCUUUACCACUAGCAGUUAUCUUCGUUGUCAUCAGAGAGUUCACACAGGAGAAAAGCCUUAUAAAUGCAGUGAAUGUGCGAAAUCUUUUAUGACUAGCAGUGAGGUUCGGCGUCAUGAGAGAGUUCACACUGGAGAAAAGCCUUAUAAAUGCAGUGAAUGUGAGAAAUCUUUUAGCACUUGGAAUGGCCUCCAUUAUCAUCACCAAUUUCACACUGCAGAAAGGCCUUCCUAAUGCAGUGAAUGUGAGGAAAUCUUUUACCACUAAGACUUAUCUUCAUGGUCAUCAGAGAGUUGAUACAGGAGAAACCCCUUAUGAGUGCAAUUAACAUAAGAUAUCUCUCAUCCAAAUUCUAAAUUUGUUCUACACAUAUGUGUUCAUAUGUGAGACUUUUCUUAGUUGUGUAGGAUAUGUUCCUCAGGUCUUAACAAUAGCAUAAAAAAAUUGCAAAGUCUAAUUUGUCUGCAUUAUAUCUCAUAUUUAAACACAUUAUGUAAAGUCCCCACAAGUGUUUCUGCUGUUGUUUUUUAUACUUGAACCAUAUGUGUAUGUUGCACUUUCUAACAUACAAAUGUCUUGCCAUAUCGUCACUGCGUAUUUCUGUUGCUGAAGGUAUUUCACCUGCACCUCACGUAAGGUCCCUACAGAUGAUAUUGAUCACCAUCCUCAUGUGCUCAGGGAAGCUAACUCUGUUGUCUGGUUUGUUGACGAAAAUUAGGAAUACCUGAUCCCUUAGGAAUUCUGAAUUCUUUUCAUUCUCAGGAGUUGCCAAGUAGAACACGUUAGUGUUGGCGAACUGCCAGUCUCAUGUGUCUUUUGGUUUGUAAAAUAAUGAAUGCUUUUUACUAAGACGUCUUUAAUCUUGGAUGUUCCAUUUACUAUGUGGGUUAGUUUAUAAGGAGAUCUGGGCUCUCCAAGCAUAAUGAGGUGAGAAACGUUUUUGAGAUCUCAAACAUUCUUUGCCCUGGAGGGAACAGUAUAGUGCAGAAAUUAGCUCAGCAGUUUUUGCCUAAAUUACACUGCUGCCCAUAUUUUCCUAGGAAACACUGUGGACUCUCUGGUCCUCAUGUGAAGAUGGAUGAUUUGAGACACAGAGAUCACUCCAAAGAGGGGGUAGCUGUGACAACCUCAAGUAUGUCUGGGAGCACUGAAUUUUUUUUCCUGUUUUCAAGGAAGAGAUGCUAAGACAUUUGAAGGCAACCUCCUCCCCAUGUCUUACAGAGGGCCAUGUGCCCUAAUGCCUACAUUUCCAUGGGUGAUGGUAACUGGUUGGAGGACCAUAGCAGUUAGCGGAAACCAUUUCCAUGCAGAACCACUGGCAUAAUUGGUGUUGGAGGUGAAUACAGCUCACUAGAUGGAAUGUUCCUCAUAGAAACGUGCAUCCAGGAAUGUUCUGAGGAAAAGUGUAUAGGAGCAUCUAGGGUCUCCAGGCAUGUUUAUCUUCUGUGGAUGCAGUCAUUGUCAUUGGUUAUCAUCAAGAGGUUUUGUGGAUUCCUGUAGCCUCUCAGAUGUUCCCCUCAGAGCCAUUGGUGAGCUGGCAGAAAAACAAAGAUGAAGGUAAAGGGUGUCUUUAGUCCAGGGAUGUGGCUUUUGUGACCCAGCCAGCAUUCUUGUUGGUUUGGUUGAAAGUGCUCCAUUGUUUGUUAAAUUUUCUGUCACUAGGCAAGACAGUCUCCCAGAGGGUAUAAGAAGGUGGAUCGAAUAUAGAUUUGCCAAGCCUAUUUUUCCAAUACAGUGGAACAAACACACUUCUUAAUCUGGAACCAUUUUUAAAAGCUAUAAUGAGUAAAAUACAUGUGUUUAGUAUAGCGUUUCAUAAAUCUUGAUGUGUGUGUGAAAGUGAAAUCAUUAUUAUACUCGUAACACUGACCAUAUCUGUCACUGUGCACUUGCUUCAUGACCUUUUUUAAAUCUGUCCCUGUUCUUCCAGCUUUCCAAGUAACCAUUGACUUAAAUUCCAUUUUAAUAGAUCACUUUGCAUUUUCUAAGUAU